ACUAAUAAUAAUUAAUUAUUUCCAUAGUGUUUUGAUUAUUGUAGGAAGCAUCAUGGAAGAGGAUCAAUCAAAAGAGAGUCAUGGAAGAAGAGGCACAACCCUGGUGGAAAGUGAAGAAGGCACAAAACUUGAGCUAACUGUGGAUGAAGUUGUGGAAGGUUAUGUAGGCUCACUUGGAUUAUCCCAAAUCUUGCAUGUGCUUGUGGUUUCAUUUGCAUGGAUAUUUGAUGCACAGAGCACAUUGGUGACAAUCUUCAGUGAUGCACAGCCACCUUGGAGGUGCAAGAAUGGGGUGUACUGCACUGACGGCCGCGGCGGUUCUGUUUGUGGUUUGGUGCCUGGGAGCUGGGAAUGGGUUGGUGGAGAUAGAAGCUCCACCGUAGCUGAAUGGGGACUUAUAUGUGAUAGGAAGUUUCUUGCUGCUGUUCCUGCUUCUGUCAACUUCCUUGGUUCUCUUUUAGGGUCUGCUAUAUUUGGGCACCUAGCAGAUACUUGGCUUGGAAGAAAAAGAGCAGUGAUGAUUUCAUGCAUCUUAACCUCCAUAACAUUUUUGGCCACAUCCUACUCCCCAAACAUCUACGCCUAUGCCUUCUUCCGAUUCGCAACAGGAUUUGCGAGAUCAGGAAUCGGCAUAAGCUGCCUUGUCCUCGCCACAGAGUCGGUGGGACGCAAGUGGCGAGGCCAAGCCGGCCAAUACAGCUUUUUUUUCUUCACAAUUGGAUUCCUCUCACUCCCUCUUCUGGCAUACCCAACCAGAACAAAUUGGAGGAACUUGUACAAAUUCUUGUCCAUUUUGCCCCUGGCAUACGCAAUCAUAAUACUCCCUUGGGUCUCUGAAUCCCCAAGGUGGCUUCUAAUAAGAGGCAGAAGCAAAGAUGCAUUGAAAGUGUUGAAAUAUUUCGCCAGAAUAAACGGCAAAGACGAAUUCCCUCGAAAUCUAACCUUAACAAAUCCUUCUGAAAUGAAAGAUGAAGAAUCCGGAACAGUUUCGAACAAGAGAGAGAAUCUCUGGACCACAAAAUGGGCUGCGAAACGAAUGGUUCUUGUUAUGAUUGCUGGGUUUGGGGUUGGAUUUGUUUACUACGGAGUUCAACUCAACGUGGAGAAUUUGAAUUUCAAUCUUUAUGUCUCGGUGGCUAUAAAUGCGGUUAUGGAAAUCCCUGCUGUUUUUGCUGGUUCUUUUCUGUUGGGAUUUUUUAACAGAAGGUUGUUAUUCUCUGUUUCAUCCUACGUGGCAGGCGUUUCUUGCAUUCUGUGCCUAAUAUUCUCAAAGGGGUAUUCAAAUUCCAAGGCGCGUGGCAAAUUUGGCGGGAACUGGGGGCAGUUGAUUGUUGAGGCAGUUGGGUUUAUGGGCUCUUCCUUGGCCUAUGAUAUCUUGUAUAUUUAUUGUGUGGAGUUGUUUCCUACAAAUGUGAGGAACUUUGCUGUCUCAAUGUUGAGGCAAACUUUGAUGCUCGGGGCGUCGGUGGCGCCGCUGCUCGUGGUGGUGGGCCGAUUGAGCCCAUCACUUUCUUUUAUAGUGUUUGGGGUCUUGUCCAUUGUUAGUGGCGUUUUGAGCAUUUGGAUUCCUGAGACUAGGAAUGCUCCUUUGUAUGAGACACUUAAGCAGCAGGAGGAGAUGGAGGCUCUUAAUCAUGUUUCUAAUGGCCAUUCUAGGUGCCUAGAAUUUGGAAAAUGAUUCAAGUUAAUGGUAACAUUGGUCAAUUAAGUCGUUAGACUUUUGACUACUUAUCAGAGCUUGAAAAAGUUUUAAUUUCGAAAAAUAAAAAUCAAAUGAAAAAAAAAAGAAAGUUUCUACUCAGGCAGCUCUGUAUUUGUAGAAAGGUGAAAGCUUGUCAAUUAUUUCAUCUACUUAAUGUAUUUCAGUAUUUA